AUGCUUGUAUUUACCGCUGAGAAGCAACUAAAAAGCGGCAAAUACUUUCCUAUCACAGCAAUUCAGAGAUUUGAUGCAGCUGCAAAGAGGAUUGAGAACGGUGUCUACCUUGGACCUCUUGGCUGUCUAACAUUUGAAGGCAGAUUUUCAUGGAAAAAGAGAAUACUUGCUUUUGUAUUCGAGCUACUAAAAAUAAAAAUUGGACCAUUCAAUCCAUUAGAGAUAAACAUAAAAGGAAAAGAUGAAAGUGAGCCAACCACCAAGAAUCCCUUCUUUAUAUGGUUUUAUGUGGAUGAAGAAAUAGCUGUAGCUCGUGGUAGAAGUGGUGGCACGGCUUUCUGGUGUCGUUGCCAGCGCGUCAACAGUUUUUAGCACCUUUC